GUGGUGGAAGCAGCCUCUGGAGCAGCUAGGAGGAUGAGAUGGCUUCUCCUCCUCCUCCUUGUUCUGGUUUCUGCCUCUUUCAGGCCCACGCAAGCCCGGGGGAACGUCUGCGAUAGGGUCUGCGGCAGACGACCGCUGGCAAUCAGCGAUGGCACCGGCCUGCGGAUUCUGGGCGGCACCAACGCUCUACCGGGGAUGUGGCCCUGGGUGGUCAGCUUCCAGUUCCUGACCCGAGACGGGUACCGGCAUUUCUGCGCAGGCUCGUUGAUCAACUCCCGCUGGGUCGUUUCCUCCGCUCACUGCUUCUACAUCCAAAAGUACCUCAAAGUGGAAUAUUGGAGGGUCCAGAUUGGGGCCACCGAGCGCUCCAAGCCGGGCCCCGACGCCCAGACGCGCUCCAUCAAACGGCUGGUGGACCACGAGCACUUCAGCCGGCGACUGAACCUCAACGACAUCACCUUGAUCGAGCUGGACAAGCCGGUCAUCUGCAACGACUACGUCCAGCCCGCCUGCCUGCCGGAACAACACCUGCCGAUGGACACCCUCACCCACUGCUACGUCUGCGGCUGGGGCGUCACAAAGAUCACACGGCGCCCGGUGUACGCGGACAUCCUGCAAGAGGCCAAGGUGCAUCUCAUCUCGAACGACGUCUGCAACAGCACCAGAUAUUACCCGGGGAGCGUCAGAACCGACCACAUAUGUGCCCUGGCUGACGAAGCCAAAAUGGACCGCUGCGAGGGUGACGGGGGCGGCCCGCUUAUGUGCCGACUCGAACGGUCCGAGCGCUACUGGGUGAUCGGGAUCACCAGCUGGGGCCGAGGCUGCACCUUGGGGAAAUGGCCGGGGGUCUUCACCUCCACGCACUAUUUCUACCACUGGAUCGUCAAGACCCUCAGGGACCCUCCCCAGUCCGCGCUCGUCCCGCCGUUCAUCCCCACGCCCCCGCCCCCACCCCCGACCACCACCAAGUUCAAACCCUUCUGGGUCGUCUACCACAACGAGUUUGGGGGCCGUUUCACCUAUCUCGUGACGGCACCGCCCCCCAACGUGACGAGGGACCCCACCGCCUGGGUGACGUUCACCAGGUACCGCUCGACCCGGCGGAGCACGUGGGCACCAACUGGGACCUUCACCUGGACCACGAGGAAGAUAAAGAAGAGACGUCCGCACGUCCCAGGGACCAUCUCGGGAGACGUCCCGGCGGGCGCUUGGUUCACCCGCCCAACCCAAAAGACCACCCGGAAGGCCAACACCUGGAGGCCCAAGUGGUUGAUUGAGCACUAUCAGCACGCCAAGACGUGGCCGAGUUACUGGCCCACCCCUCAGCCCUGACCAAGGCCACGGGUCCCUGCCUCGGUCCGUGCCUCGAUCCAGGCCGAGUGCCCGAGGCUGAGCCCCACACCUCCGGCAGUCUCUAGGUACAACCCCCCCCAGCCCUAGCCACCUCUCCCGCCCGCCCACCUGCCACCAGUCGGUCCCUUGCUUCUGCGAGGUUCCUUCCGUGUCUAUUUUGGAAACUAUCUGACGGCCAAAAAAAUCAGGCACCACAUCCGUCAACCGGUCCCUGGUCUCUGGCUGCAAAUCCCAACGAGGGGGAUUGUUGGGUAUUUGGGGAACAGAACGACAGGGACCUCGCUGCAGAUGGGGGUCACCUCCUCAGGCCUCCUCCGACCCCUAACGCUCGCCUCCACUCAGGCUGACGACAGCCAGACCCUCAGCACUGUUCACGCCCAAGGAACCCCAUCCCUGUCCAGUUCGUGGCAAGAAGGCGAGGAGGCCCCAACCUUCUGGGUCCUUCGGCGCUGGUUUUAUCUGAACCGCCAACGAGGAGAGAACCUGUGGGGUGGGCGGACCUGAAACUGAACUCCCCCACACACACACACCUGAGGAACAGGGAGGUGUUUGCAAAGCGUGGGCAGAGUUCCCCAAGCCUCAUGACACCCCCUUUAUGAACAGACCUUGUGCUGCCAGUGGGUAUCCUGGACGGCUGUCCCCCCCCCAUGGGAUUUCCCUGUGACGGGAUAUAUUCAAAAUAAAAGU